CCUGCCAGCCAGCCCAGCUCCAUCAUAGCCCAGAGCUUGGCCAUCCCGCGGCGCACUAUCGAUAAAGCUGCAGGGGCGUGGGCGCUUAGCUAAGGCGAAUCAGCGCGCCAGAGCUCCCGCGUUGUGAGACUCGAGCAACUCGAAGCUCCGACAAGGCCUGGCUGGGCCCACCCUUCGCUUGCUUGAGCCGCAGGCUGUCUGCAUCUUGUCUUCGAUCGACAACAACUUGACAUUCGCAUCUAUGAAGCCCACCUCUGACAGUUGACAACUCCCAUCUCUACUACAGACGGUUCAUGAUCCCAUCAACCGCGGCGGAUUUCAAGUCAGGGACAGUCAAGAGAACAAAGCCUUGUUUCCCAUCGACGGGCUUGUCGCCGUUGGUUGCUCUUUAAGCCACCUUUCUCCUGCUCAGUCGCGUCCUCGCCCAGCCGGGUGCCACGUCAAGAUGGCAGCCAUGUCGCCCCGUCUCCCCAGCCCUCCUCCCCCAGCCGAGAUCCAGAUCGGACCCAAAUCCCCAGGCUUGCCCGCAGACCAAGAAUCGCAACAGAUGGAGCAGACAAUCCUCAACGCGAACUCGAGGAGGCGCAUACACCCUGGCACUAAGAGCGCCGAUAUGGCCGCCGGCCCACCGCUUGUGCCCUUGAACGAGCUUGACUCCGCCUUCCAACUCCAAGAGCACCUCGCCGCCCUUCACUACUACCACACCGCCAAUAACACGCGCCCUAUUACCCGAGAGAUAGCGAGCCUGCUUGCGACUCCCCCACCAUCGACGGACAAGACGCUGUGGCUGUACGAGCUGUGCCGGUUCCUCGUCGCACAAUGCAAUAGCCUGAUUGUCGGCUUCCUCUUCGACACCCCUCCCUGCAGCUUCAACACGUGCCCAGAGAUGCGCGCCUCAGAAUGGCAGUUCCUGUGCGCUGUACAUGAGCAACCCAAGUCGUGCUGCGCCAUAGAUUAUUGCUGCCACACUCUUGACUGGGCAGCCAACGUCGUGACGAACCCGAAGCUCUUCCCAUCGCGCUUUGUGGCCUUGUCUGGCGGCGACGGCCCCGGACACGACAGGAACACCGCCCUCAAGAACUUGGUCAACGUGUUCCGGCGCCUUCACCGUAUCUUUGCGCACGCAUGGUUCCAGCACAGGGGUGUUUUUUGGUCUGUGGAGGGACAGACUGGUCUAUAUGUCUUCUUCAAGACUGUCUGCGACAUGUUCGACACACUGCCGGCUGAGAACUACAAACUGCCUCCUGAGGCGGAAGGUCUCGAAAGCGCUGCGGCUGCUGCCGAGUCUACGGACAGGGGAACCAAGAAAGAGCACGGCCAGCUUCAAACGCCUACGAUCCAGCAGCAUUCUGACGACGACAACUUUCUACCAGCGGGCAGGACUAAUACUCGGCGCCACAUAAGAAGUAGCCCGUCGACAGGGAGCGCUGUGACGACGGUGAUGGAGGCGGAUGAGGACGACAGCGCAGACGUAUCCGGCCGGCUGAGAGAAAUGCGCAUCUCCACACCGGAGACUGUGGUGGAGGAAUCUGAAGGGACCGAAGUACCGGUUAUUGUCGAGCAUGGCAUGAUGGAGGGACCGAAUGAGAAGGUCGGUGAGGAGAAAGAGACAACUGGACCUCAGGAUGAGCCCACGGCGGAACCGGAGAAGGACGCCUGUGCAGCUGACCCGCAGGCUGAACAACCUUCUGACCUUGCGGAAAAGGAAGAGGCGUCGAGCAAAGGCGAUGAUGCGGCAAGCGCAGAUAACGCGGCUCAAAGCAAUGGCCAGGGCGAAGAGAAAGAGAAAGAGGCUGCCGCGCCUGGUGAACCCAAGGAACCCGCAGCUACCGAGAGCGCAGGCGAUCUCUCAACGACAAACACGCAAGAUUUUGCCACGGAGCAGGCCGAGGAGCACAACGAGAAGACCCUGGUCUCAGCUGAGGAGGACGCUCCCAAAGAAGCAACUGACAAGAAGGAGGAGGAUACCGAUAAAACCGAGACUUCUCAGGAAAAGGAUUCGUAGCGGGUAAUUGUUUGACUUCUCGGCAUGUAUAAGUCAAAGCCCGCCCGUCGCGAACAUAUCCAGCCCGCCGAGCGUGCUGGAGGAUUAAUCUGCCUGACCCUUAGUUCAGGCUGUCGGUGGAUCGAGCAGUGUCCGCACUGCAUUCAUGCAGUAUAUGUAAUAUGUUUCGGUCAUACCCAGGAUACGAGCAUGCGCACAAGGGUUCCUGCGAAAGGUCCCCUACGGCAUUUUAUUGUGCAAUGCGAACCACGCUCAGUCGCAGUAUCUUUGCUGCAAUGUAUUCAUUAAUACUACCAUAUUCGGUGCAACGGCACACAACGGUGUUGGUCCGGACGUUAUCAGUUUGAGACACACACGAAAAGCGAUACUGUGUAGGCUGAGACAGACGUACAGUCGCGCCCAGUCUUUCGCCACCCGCCAAUUGCCUGUCAUCCUUCUAGAAUAGCUGCAGAACGAAUUUAAACUUCGAGUCGUGCCCCGGUCACCGCCCA